UGGGAGGGUGGGAGGCGCUUAGCAGACCGUUGGGAGAGCGAGGGAGAGACAGGGAGAGCGGGAGAGCCUCGAGAAAUCGCGCCAUUUUUUGAAGUUAAAUGUCCGUGGCCGUGGUAUAAACUUCGGCGGCCCAGCAGGUGAAGGAACAUUAACGCUGUGCUCCUCCUGCUGCCCGUACCGCCGGCAGGAACCUCCCCACGGCACAGCAGACGCAGAAGAUACCGGUCUUAGCUCUCACUCGCCCCCUCCCAUCCCCUUCGUCAGCGCCUACUACGGGAUAUAGAAAGACGUCAGGAGGAGUAAUAGUGUGUGUUUUUUCUGCUGGUGUGUGUAUCCAGCAGAAACCCAAGAGUCCCUGCUUCAGCGUCUCCUACUGCGCCUUCUGCUGCGUGGAGGCUAAUAUCAGCAGUGGUAGUGUUUGUGUGGCCCUGCUGCUGUGUGUAUUUCCAGCAGAAAGUGGCUUGGUUUUGUGCUACAGCCUCUACAGCGCCUCCUACUGCGCCUUCUGCUGUUUGAGGACGAAAAAACGGCAAAAGUAGUGUUUGUGUGUCCCUUCUGCUGUGUGUGUAUAUCCAGCAGAAACGGCCCUAGCUGCUUCGAUCCCUGCUUCAGCCCCUUCUGCUGCGCCUUCUGCCGUGUGGACGUGUAACAGGAGACACAGUGACUUUCCUGCUGUUCAUACCGCCCCAGGAGGCCACAGCAGAAGAACCUGAGUUACCUGCUUACCCCAAGAUAACUACUACUGCUUCUCCUGCUGCGUUGUGCUGUGAAGAUUAAUACGCAGUAGAAGUAGCAAGCAGAAAAAAAAUAAGCGGGAAAGCAGUGGUGUGAUGUAACCUCCUGUAUACUACUACUACCACCACUACUGCUGUUUACAACCAUACCCCCUUACGCAAGGAUACAAAUUUGAGCACCGACGCCAUGAUCACCUACUCCCCUUGCACGACGCCCCCGCCCUCCCCGAGCAAGAGGGAGAUGAGGAUGCUGAUGAUGCGGUCACACCUGCACCCACACCCCCAGCAGCAGGCCUACAACCACCACGCCUACACCCACGCCCACACCACCGCCCGCCGCGCCCUCACACACCUAGGUCACAACGAGAGCAAAGAAAACCUCAAACUAGCCGAAGAAAUCCUAACCCACGCGGCGCAGACCUUCAGAAAACGAUGGAACUUUGACCCCGACUCCUUCACGCCGAUCUCCGGGUCACGCGACGGCUUCCAGUGGGUCAAAGCGCGCGAUUCCGUGACCUCCCGUGACCUGGACUGCGCGGGUGCCAAGCGAGGUCAAGGUCACGGUGUUAUCUUGGAUGUUUUGAGCUCUGCCGCGUCGUCGCCCGCUUCGGUGUGCGUCCUGACCUCCCCCCGCAAGCAGAGGUCAGGUCAGGUCAAAGGGCAUGGCGUGAGAGGAGGGUUGUGUGGAGGGGAUAGCAUUGCCGCCGCCGCCGCUGUUACGGUCUCCGCCGCCGCCGCCGCCAUCACCGUCACUCCCAAGAAGAGCAAACAGUGCAAGAUUACUGAGUUCGGAAGACAGAGGAAGAGGCUGCACUCCUCCUGCUCCUCCCCCUCCUCCCCCAAGUCUUCCUCCUCCUCCUCCUCCUCCGCCUCCUGCUGCAAGAGUGGAUUGGAGGAAGAAAAUGUGGUGGAGGUUGUGACAUCAGGACCAAGGAAGAAACUCAUUCUCUCUCCCUCCUCCUCCUCCUCUUCCUCUUCCCCCUCCUCCUCUUCCUUAUCCCUCUCAUCCUGCAGUUCCUCCUCCUCCUUCACCUCUUUAUCUUCAUCCAAAUCCAUGAAACUUACCUUCUCUUCCUCCUCUUCGUCAUCGUCCUCUUCCUCCUCUUCCUCGUCCUCCUCCUCCUCCUCUGAAUAAAUCUCUCUUCCUCCUCUUCCUCCUCUUCCUCUUCUCUCUCAAGCUGAAGAGAGAGAGAGAGAGAGAGAGAGAGAGAGAGAGAGAGAGAGAGAGAGAGAGAGAGAGAGAGAGAGAGAGAGAGAGAGAGUUAAUAGGCCUAUUGAAAGUGUUUGUAAGGCCUGUGAAGAUUUAUUGUCAGAAAGUAAUUAAAGAGAAUGGGAAGAAGAAGAAGACAAAAGAGGAAGAAGUAAAAAAAAAACUGAUAAAGAAAACGAAGAAAAUAAUGAUCUUAAAAUAUAGAAAAAAUAGAGAAAUUAAGAAAGUUAAAGAAAGAAAAAAUGAAGCGAAAGAAAGAAAGUUGUUAAGAUAUUGCUCAUUAUUAUUAUUAUUAUUAUUAUUGCUAUAGUGUUUGUAUAAUUGAUGAUGAGGAAAAAGAAAGAUAAAGAAGAGGAACAAGGAAAAUAACAGUAACAAAAAAAGUGCAAUGAAAGAAAAGAGAAAAAAGGUAGACAAAAAAUAAUGAUAAUUUUAGAAAGAAACCAAAAUAGAGAUGAAAAUGAUAAAGCUAACCAUUAAAAGAAAGAUAAAAAGAAAAUAAAUUGGAGUUAGGCAGAAAAUGAGUAAAUAAUGAAAGGAAAUAAUGAGAACAAAAAUAAUGUCAACAAAAAUCUCAGACAAAAUAAAAUAACGAAGGAAAUCAGAAAGAAAGGAAAAAGUGAUAUUUGAAGAAAAGGAAUUAGAUGGAGCAAUAAAUAUGAUUAGUAAUAGUAAUAAUAUACGAAGGAAAUAUUGAAAUAGGAUGAUGAUGAAGAACAAACAAAAACAAAAGAAUGAAGAAGAAAAAAAAUAUGAAAAGGAAACAAGAAAAAAUAAACAAAACUGGAUAGAUGAAAAAGGAGGAAGGAAGACAAAGAAGAAAAAGAAAGACGAAUUAACGUAAAAUAAAACAAAAGAUGAAAGGAAGAAGGAAGAAAAAGAAGGCAAUUGAACGUAAAGAAAAUAAGACAAAGAAACAAUAGAUAGAUAAAUGAAGAAAGAAGGAAGACAAAGAUAAGAAAAAAAAAUGAAAGAAGGA